CUGGGACGUCAGUUCAUUCAGAACAGUCGAAGUGCGCAGACCACUGGGAGCGAAACACCGGGAGAAACCAGACCAGGAGUCGAAGUCGACCUCCCACCUCCAGCCAGAUCCGAUUCCGAAUCCUAUUUGGGACACCAGCAGGUGCAAGUGAAGUGCCGCUCGCCGUCAACAUGCCACGCAUCUCGUUGCCCGGCAGCAGUCUGCUGCUAGUCCUGGCACUGAUCCUGUGCCUCAGUCCUCCCAUCCGGGCGGUGCCCGCCUCCGUGCUCGCCCAGGACACGGAGCUCUCCACCAGCGCCAACCAUAAGCUCCAGCAGCAGCAGCACCAACAGCAGCACCAGCAACACCAGCAGCUGGAGCAGCAGCAGCAACAGCCGGCCGCAGCGAAACGCUCCGAGGAGGCGAGCGCCGUGCCCACGGCGGACAAGAAGUCGAGUCCGGAAAUUGUACCCGCUUCCUUCAGCAACGCUCCGUCGGCCCGGAACAGUCCGGUUCCGGUUUCCAGCCAGCAGCAGGUGCCGUCCGGUGCAUACGCCCUGCCCUCCAACGAGGAGAUCCUGGCCGCCGUGGCGGCCGCCGCCCAGAACAGCCAACAGCAGCUGCAGGAGGAGCCGUCCGCCCUGGAGGAGGCGGUGGCCAGCUCCACGAUGCGCAAGCGGGGCAUCAACUACGAGUACAACCCGUACUCCGUCGCCUCCAGCGACUACGGCAGCGAUGUGCCCAGCGGCGUCUGGGCCGACGACUACGAAUCCGCCGUUCCCGUCAGCUAUGGCGAGCGGGAUCUCCAGGAGAUCGAUGACUACGUGCCCGAGCGCAGAGUGAGUGGCUCGAGUGCGCGCAACAAGGCCUACGACAACCUGCAGAACCUCCUGAAUGCCGAGGCCUACCUGGAGAGCAUUCCCCUCUCGGUUCCGCUGACCUAUGCCAACCGGAACUACAACCUGGACGACCGCAGCAAGCGGGGCAUGUACUACAACCUGGCCACUCCCGGCGCCAAUGGAGCGAGCAGCCUGGGCAGUGCAAGUGGCUACAACGGCGACGGUAUCAGCCUCAACAAAUACCGGCGGUUUAACGACAUGCGACUGAAACGCGACACCCAGCUGAACCCCGCCGACAUGCUGGCUCUGGUGGCCCUCGUGGAAGCCGGAGAGCGGGCGCGCAAGGAGAGCGAUGUGGAGAGCUCCGGACCAGUGCCCAUGAUCGCCUCCGAUGACCUGGACUACGUGCCCGCCGGCAGCUGGUUCGAUGUGCCCGUGCAGACGGACUACUACGGCGCCGGAGUGCCGCUGGACAACCAGAACCUGAACCAGAAUCAGAACCAGAACCAGGCGAUGCCCAAGUACGACUACGUGCCGCGGCAGCACAAGUACAGCGGGUUGAAUAGCCGAUUCGGCUCCUCGAAGCAGCGCUACAUGGUGGCCAGGAAGAAGCGCUCGGUGAGCCAGAGCCAAUUCAUGAACGAGCCGGUGGCCGAACGCGGAUCCAGCUAUAAUGGCGAGAAGUACUUCUAAGGAUCUAAGGAUGCCAAGCGAAGAUAGUCUAGUAGUACUUAAAUGAUAGCCACAGGCCCCACGAAGAGAAUUUCUCGUUUUUUUGAACAUAAUCCAAGAAACCAAAACCAAAAUGUAAACAAAAAAUCCAAACUUCAAUUUCUAAUUCAAUUAUGGUAAUGAGCUAGUGUCAAGGUCAACUCGUGUGCAAUUUUUGUGUAGAACUUCAAUUUUAAACCAACUAACAAGAAUUAAAUUAUUGUUACAUGCAUGUGUGUUACACUCGUGUGGUGCGUCAGGAACAUAAUCAAUCAGUGUUUAGGAUUCUCACCCACGGAAUCCACACCGAACUAAACCGAAUCUAUAUCUACGCCACUGUAAUCCCUGUAAGAAAUCGGUGUCUAUGGCAACUAAGGUACAACUACUGGAGUCCGCAACUAUCUGUAUCUACUUGUGUAAUACUUAUCGAACUAGAGGCUUCCCGACUAGUACAAAAUCGAGAGGAGAACGUCAAAUAUGAAUACGUAUAUAUAUAUACAUAUAUGAAAACAUAUACAACUAUAUAUCAAUCUUAAUCGAGCUCAGCAGCAACAAUGCUCCUCUAAUCGCUUUAAUUUAAUCUAAACUGAAGAUAAAGCCAAAGCCAAAGCAAAAGCAUAAGCAAAAUAUUUUUGAUGUUAUUUGAAGCCAUCACAUUUCGAACUACACUUUUUAAGGACCCUCGCCGACUUGGGGACAAACGAUCUGACAAUUGAUAAUGAGAAUUUUAACCGUAUAUAUAGCGAAUAUCCGCAGCUAAUAUGUUGGUAAUAAAAUAUAUAUAAAUAUAUAUAAUACGUAUACAAUAUGCAAAUAUGCAAACAUUUUGUCAAAAUUAAAAAAUGGCUCAGGGCAUAAAUAUUUAAAAUAUUCUAUGCCGACGUAGGAGAGGCGUCUCUUUAAUUUGAAUGAAAUUGUCUGACUGUUUUUGGUAAUAAUCAAAUAUACAUACAUAUGUACUAUGAAAUUAUGAAAAUAAAUUAUUAUAUAUUAUUAUUAUUAUUAUUAUACAGAGCUACACUCGACGAGGAGUAUUUGAAAUGCAUUAAUAGCGAAUAUGUGUGUGUGUAUACAAUACAAUCCAAAAUACAUAUAUGUGAACACUCAACUUUAAUAUUAACAUUAAUAUUAUAUACUUUCCUCACUCCUUUGGGUCUCUGAAUACUUGGCCUUUGGUUUACGCCUUAAGUUCUUUGCGCGAGCUUAGUUUGAAAAUACAUUUAUUUACACGCAACUGAUUUACGAUUAAAUAAAACACGUCUUUGGUUUGAAAACCAAACAAAAUUGGA